GAGAGAGAGGGUGAAAAUGGGCGUGAGUGUGAGAGAGAGAGAGACUGAAUGAGUGAGGAAGAAGAUGGAGAAGAUGGUUUUGGAUUUGACCGGGUAGCAGGGAGAGAGAAGAUGGAGAGGAUGGCUUUGGCAGGCGAGUACAUUUCUUGGACUUUGCAAAAUUCUAAAAAUAAUGUAAAAUUAUUUUUAAAUUGUUUCGGUAGCCGAGGGCGUAGCCCACGGCGUACCUAUAGCAUUACUCGUCGCUGCAGCCAGCAGGCUAACAGCCGAACCAGCUGUAAAUUUCGCCGCUCGUUGAAAGGGAAAAAGAUGAAAACUCCCGCCAUGUCAUGAUGAGGCUUGUGGCCGCCUAUGUAUAUCUGGGGUUUCGACUGUCACGGGGGGAAUGUAGGAGAAAUUCGAAGUUCCCAACCAUACGCCUCUGGUUCCACGUUUGAUCUUCAAGCCAUACCAACAAUGGCCUUCUGGGGAGUUGAAGUAAGACCUGGAAGACCAUUCACCCAUUCAUAUAAUCAAGUGAGAGGAAGGCUUCGCAUUUCUCAGGCAACCUUGGGGAUUGGUGCUUCUGCUAAGAAGUGUUUACUUCAGUGUAAUGUGGGAGAUAAAAGUCCUGUUUUACUGUGUGCUUUAAUACCUGAAAAAACAGAGUAUUGCCAUUUGGACUUGGAAUUUGAAGAGGCAGAUGAAGUAAUCUUUUCUGUUAUUGGUACUCGAAGUGUUCACCUCACUGGUUACUUUCUUGGUAGUAGCCGUCACUCGAAUCUGGAUGAUAAUACAGAAUCCUAUGGAGAGGACAUUGGGAACACAGAUUCAGAGAAAUCUACUCACAGUAGCAAGGAAGGUGAAUACGAGGAUAGUUUUAUUGAUGAUAGUGAACCUAAAGUUUCUCCCCUUUCACCAUGGUCAGAUGGAAGAGAGUCUGAUCAGGAGAUGUUGGAUAAGAAAAAAUCAAAAGGGAGGAAAGGCACCCGUAAGAGACUUAAGAAGAAGUACCAGCCAAUUGAGUCUGAUGACAACAAUUCCGUCCAACAGAAUAUUACCAAUCACUGUACUGUAGUACUGAGAGUGGAAAGUGAAGAUGAGGACAACUUGCCUAUUCUGUCUGCAUGUAAAACUGUUACACCUGAAGCAGGAUGUAAUAUUGACAUGGAAAUUGGUGAAAUGAGCAACAAGAAAUCUGAAGAUGGUUACCAUCCCACUAGUACACCAAAUAGUGAAGCCAAUGUUGUUGCUGAUGGUGGUGUAGGAAGGGAUAUGGGCCUGCCAUGUGAUUCCAUGCUGCCCCCUGAUGCAAUUGGUCCUGAAAAUGGCUUAGAACUGAACGAAGAAAUAGCUAACAGGCCUUGUGAGGAGAAAACUCUUGAAACUUAUAGUGUUACUGGUUGUGAUGCUAUCAAUGAGGAUAAAUUGCAGCACACAGAGGAAAAGAGGGAUAAUGAGGAUCUGCUAGGUAAGAAUGGAGAUGAUCAGAAAUCAGCCAAUGACAAUCCUGAGAUUUGCUUAGCAUUGAACAAAGAAAUAGAAGAGGAAUUGCAGCGCACAGUAGAAAAGACUGGUAAUGGGUAUCUUCUAGUUAAGAAUGGACAAGAUAAAAAAUCAACCGAUGAUAAGGAAUCCGACCCAUCAAACCUUUCAUUGUGUUCUGCUGAUGAUGUGAGUCUUGAUAUCCGUAAAGAAUCAAAUAAAAGAAAGCAAAGGGAAGAGGAGGGAAAAACAGAAGAGGACUUGAAGGAAAUUGGAACUCUACAAGACAAGGCAGUUAAUGAGAAUCCAACCAACAUGAAGAUAACUGUCCAGUUGUAUGAUCCACUGCUGUCUUCUACUGAUGCUGGCUCAGACAAUGGUUUAAAGCCAAACAAGAGGAGGAAAGAAUCGGCUGAUUAUGGAAAAUCUCUUGAAGGUAAUACAAGCAAUAAUAACAUCCCUGAAGAGGACAGUGUAAAGCAAAAUGAAGGUGGGGCUGGCCAAACUAUCAAGGAUCUUGAUGAGAAAAGUGAAACAGAUCAAAAUACUUUUGACGAUAAGGGUGUUAACCUUGAUCCUGACCAAGUAGGUGAUGGAGAUCAAUAUGAAAGCAAGAAAAGUAGAAAGAAAAAGAAUAGUAAACUACAUGAGAAUGAGGGAAACCUGGAUAACGACAUAUCUUCAUUGUCAGGAAAAGAGAAGAGAUCUCUUGUGGAACUCAAGGAAAAGAAUGUGGAAGAUAAAUCUUCUCAUCAAUCAAGGACUUUGCCAAGUGGGUUGGUCAUCGAAGAUUUACAAAUGGGCAAAUCUGAUGGCAAAACCGCUUCUCCUGGAAAAAAGAUCAAGGUCCAUUUUAUUGGUAAGAUAAGAGGGAAUGGACCAGUAUUUGACUCAAACAUUGGCAAAAAGCCCUUCAGGUUUCGUCUAGGUGCUGAAGAUAUCAUUGACGGAUGGAAUGUUGGUAUUGAGGGAAUGCGAGCUGGUGGCAAGAGAAGGCUUAUUAUCCCGCCAUCACUGGGUUAUGGAAGUGAAGGAGCUGGGGAGUCAGUACCACCGAACUCUUGGCUGGAAUAUGAAAUUGAAUUGGUUGCUGUCCGGUGAUUGACUGUCUUGGCCUUGCUAUGUCAUAUUUUGGUCUUAUAUUAAUGUUAUUAGAAAUUUAUUUCAUGGUUAAUAGUGGGUGGUUCUAUUUUGAAGUUUAAGAGAGAAGACUCAGUCCCAGCCCUAAGCCCAAAGGGAACAUUCAGUGUCUUGUACGUUUUGUGAUCGAUAAAUACUACUACAUCUAUUUCUUUUUCUUUUU